AUAUUUUAUAAAAAGAAAUAUAAAAAAGGGAGUAUGAUUGAUGGGGGAAAAAGAAGAAGAUGAACAUGCAUCGUGAUAACAUUAGAUGGUUACAACAUCCCUCACCAACUUGGAAGUGACACAAUUAUACAAUUUUUACUAGUAGAUCUGAAUCUCUCCCUCUCUCUCUCUUUCUUCCUUUCUUCUCUAAUCUAAUGGCGUAAUUUGUAAGCAAACUCCUUCAUAUACAGCCUCGACUGCUUCCUUCGUCUUUUGCUUGCCUCUCUCUCUCUCUCCCCUCCGACGACAAUGAAUAGGAAUCUAAGAGAAUCUCUUGCCGGUGGGAGGAAUAUUCCGGCGAUCUCUCAGUUUCGUAGAGGCAGCAAUCACAACAACAUAUCUCAGAACGGUUUCGCGAGAGAAUCCGAUGAGAAUCUGGAUCUCUUCUCUAAGAUCCGUCGCUCUUUCCCAUUGGCUUCCUCUGACGAAUUACCCGACGUUUCUGCAAAACUCGGGAGACUCUCGGUCGGAUCCAAACCAGCUCCUAGAGGCAAAGGUGAUGAUCUCUUGUCUUCAGCUGAAGGUGGCAAAAAUGAUUAUGAUUGGCUUCUUACUCCUCCUGGAACACCUCUUGGAAACGAUUCUCAUUCAUCAUUGGCAGCUCCAAAGCUUACAUCUUCGGCUAGAGCCAGUUCUGCAUCAAAGGCUUCAAGGCUUUCAGUAUCGCAGUCAGAGACCAGUUACCAUUCCUCACGUCCUGCUAGAAGCAGCUCCGUGACUCGCCCAUCCAUUUCCACCUCGCAAUACAGCUCAUUUACUUCAGGCCGUUCACCAUCUUCCAUCUUGAACACUAGUUCUGCUUCAGUCUCAUCCUACAUCAGACCUUCAUCCCCGAGUUCCCGUUCUUCAUCUUCAGCUAGACCUUCCACUCCCACCCGUGCUUCUUCGACCUCACGGGCCUCAACUCCUUCGAGAAUCCGUCCUGGGUCAUCUAGUUCAUCCAUGGACAAGGCCAGACCGUCCCUGAGCUCAAGACCAUCAACUCCAACUUCUAGACCACAGCUCUCAGCAAACUCCCCAAAUAUAAUUGCUUCUAGACCAAAUUCUCGUCCUUCUACCCCUACCCGUCGCAGCCCAUCCACCUCUGUGUCUGCAACGUCAGGAUCCAAUAUUUCAAGUGGACGUGCUGCAUCAAAUGGUCGUAGUGCACCUUCAUUGUCUAGGCCAAGCUCUCCUGGACCUAGAGUUAGAACUACCCCGCAACAGCCAAUUGUGCUACCAGACUUUACUCUUGAUACCCCACCUAACCUCAGAACAACUCUCCCAGACAGACCAAUAUCAGCUGGCAGGUCCAGGCCAGUCACUGGUGGCAGCACGGCAAAGGCAAGUCCAGAACCCAAAGGUCCAAUCACAAGAAGGAAUUCAUCUCCUAUUGUGGCGAGAGGAAGACUCGCAGAGACCCAAGGAAAUGGCCGUUUUGGUGGUAAUAGGCAGCAUCUUACAGAUGUACCAGAGCCCCGAAGGAUUUCAAACGUUUCUGACAUAACUUCACGGAGAACUGUGAAGACCUCGUCAACUGCUGUCACAGACAAUAACAACGGACUUGGCAGGUCAUUCUCAAAAAGUUCAUUGGAUAUGGCCAUUAGGCACAUGGACAUAAGAAGCGGGAAGACCAAUGGUUGCGCACUGUCAACGACAACGCUCUUCCCUCAGAGCAUCAGACCAGCCUCGUCCAAGAUCCAGCCAAUCCGUUCAGGGAAUAAUCAUUCGGAUUCUAUCAGCAGCAACGGCACAGAGAACGGGAAUGAUGCAAAUGAGGGUAGAAGACUGAUGGGGAAAUUGAGUGACAUGGACAUGUAUGAGAGCUCAAGGUAUGAUGCAUUGUUGUUGAAAGAAGACGUAAAGAACACAAACUGGUUGCAUAGCAUUGAUGACCGGUCGCCAGAUCACGGACUCAUGUUUGACAAUGGAGGAUUCGAGCUACUUCCAGAGCCCUUUGCCCCACUAUAACACACACACAGAGCACAAGUAAACAACUUUUUUUUUUCUUUUCUAAAACCGCAUCUCUCUUUUUUUUUUUUUUAAUUUAUCUUACACAGUUUGUUUGCUUGUCAAUGGUGGAAAAAGACGGAGUAUUGAGAUAUAAGUGUCUAGUGGUUCUUGGUUCUUUGGUUACUGAUUCUUGAUUAUUGGUUUUCUUGAGUGAGGUUUGUAACUUAGUAGUUAUAUAAUAAUAUUUGAAGAGAUGGUAACGUAAUAAUGUGUGGUAUGUAAUGUCGAGAGUGUUGCCUCUUUGGUGGAAUAUAAUUUAUCAUGUAAA